AUGUGUUACAGAGAUGAGAAGAAAAAAGAAAAUACUCUGAGUGUUGGAUACUUUCAGCUGUUUCGCUUUGCCACUUGCAAAGACACCUUGAUGAUGGUAGUAGGGGGUUUGUGUGCCAUCAUACACGGUGCAGCUUCACCUCUCAUGCUUCUGGUAUAUAGCAGGAUGACAAACACGUUUGUGUCUUAUGAGAUUGAGGUCCAAGCACUGAAAGAUGAAAAUAGGACAUGCAACAACAACACUAUCUAUUGGAAAAAUGGCUCCAUAUAUGAAACAGCUGAAAACAGCUCUGUCUACUGCGGGGUGGAUAUUGAAGCAGAGAUGACCAUGUUUGCAUAUUACUAUGUUGGGAUUGGAUUAGGAGUUAUGUUUGUUAGUUAUUUUCAGAUUUUCUUCUGGAUGUCAGCAGCUGCAAGACAAAUUGAUAAAAUGAGAAAGACUUAUUUCAGAAAAGUAAUGCAAAUGGAGAUCGGAUGGUUUGACUGCAACCCUGUUGGUGAACUGAACACAAGGAUGUCAGAUGAUAUCAGCAAGAUCAACAAUGCCAUCGCUGACCAGGUGUCUAUCUUCAUCGAGAGGAUCUCUACGUUCGUGUUUGGCUUCAUGGUUGGAUUCAUUGGUGGAUGGAAGCUGACUUUGGUGGUCAUAUCAGUGAGCCCACUGAUUGGCAUAGCUGCUGCACUAAUGGCCAUGGCUGUGGCCAGGCUGACAGGACGAGAGCUAACGUCCUAUGCAAAGGCAGGGGCAGUGGCUGACGAGGUCCUGGCAUCCAUCAGGACAGUAGCAGCGUUCGGUGGGGAGGAAAAAGAAAUUGAGAGAUAUGACAGAAACCUUGCAGAAGCUCAGAUCUGGGGAGUGAAAAAGGGCACGAUCGUGGGCGUUUUUCAAGGAUACAUGUGGUGCAUCGUUUUAUUGUGUUUCGCUUUGGCCUUUUGGUAUGGAUCUAAGUUGGUCAUAGACACCAAGGAGCUGUCUCCUGGUGCUCUUAUUCAGGGGUUCUUUGGAGUACUCAUGGCGGCCAUUAACCUGGGCCAGGCCUCACCCUGCCUGGAGACAUUCGUUUGUGGUUGUGCUGCAGCGAAAAACAUCUUUGACACGCUUGACCGGGAACCAGAAAUUGAUUGUUUCUCAAAAGAAGGUCACAAAUUAGACAAAGUAAAAGGUGACAUUGAGUUCCUUAAUGUCACUUUCUACUACCCAUCCCGGCCUGAAGUCAAGAUUUUAGAUGAUCUGAGCAUGCAGAUCAAAGCAGGAGAAACCACUGCUUUUGUGGGACCAAGUGGAUCUGGGAAGAGCACCACAAUCCAGCUCCUCCAAAGGUUUUAUGACCCAAAGGAAGGAAUGGUGACUUUGGACGGCCAUGACAUUCGCACUUUAAACAUCCAGUGGCUCCGAUCUCUCAUUGGUAUUGUAGAGCAGGAGCCAACGCUGUUUGCUACAACCAUUGCAGAUAACAUCCAGUUUGGUCGACCUGGAGUAACCAUGGAAGACAUCAUCCAGGCGACAAAAGAGGCUAAUGCCUAUGAUUUUAUCAUGGAUCUGCCACAG